AUUAUUGAGGGCACUCAAAAAGGACAUGCUCCAUGUUCAUAUUCUUCUGUCACACCAACCGUUAACUAUAAUGUGAAUACACCAUUGCACUGCCCCUUGUCGUUCACGAGGCGCUUGUAACGGUAAUGUGAUACCGUUAUUCUCUCUUUGUUUAAUUUUGUUUGAACACCAUACUAGCGAUUUGUUUCUAGUUUACGAAUCCCAUUUAACAACUAUAAGAAUUAACUUACUGCUUUGAAUCCCGUCUCGUCAAACAAUUCUCACAGCUUUCUUUAUGUAACCCUAUUAUUACCGAAAAGGCUUCAGCUGUCUUCUAUUUUAUUUACCAUUAGCCUAUCCGUUGUUAGUCCACAUUGCUGAGCCUUUACGGGCAUGCCUAGGGACUAUAGAUAUUUUCGGCUGGGUUUGUAUUCCACAAAGCCAUCCUCUCUGCACUGCAGUCAGCACUGCUCACGUUUGCCUGUAGGAAGGUCACGUUAUAAAACGGGCUGGUCGCCGCUGGAAAUGCACUGAAGAAGGGAGGACUGCGCAAAAACCCAGGUCCGGUUGUGCCUGGCUGACGUCAUGGUCUAUGGCUCCCCAUAGACCUCGUUGAUAUAAUCUAACAACGGACAAUCACCGGGGCUACAUGACCGAGACCUAGCGGGCCGCGAGAUGUAGACGACCAAAUCACUGUUUUGUUGACACAUACACGCCCGUAAAGUAACGGAGAUUUCGCUUCGGUCCGUUGUGUGAAUGCGGUGCAAUAUGCGGGCGCCCUGUCGCUAUUAACCGCAGUUUUCGGUUUCAAAAACGAGCUGACGAGGGAGGGUUAAGGUGUCAGAGGAGUAAUCCCCAGGACGCUCACAUUCACGGCGGAGCUGGAAAUACUACAGAACGGGAUUAAAUGAUAGGGAACAAGGAGCCGCCGCGGACAAAGCCAACCUGAAGUGUGAUGCCCGUUUACCCGUGGGGUCUUUAUCUGACUGGAAAUGGGAGCUUUAACCAGCAGACAAAACAUUGGCGUGGAAGAAGUGGACAUUCCGUCCAGUUCGGUUUAUCGUUAUCCACCGAAAUCCGGGAGUUACUUCGCCAGCCAUUUCAUCAUGGGGGGAGAGAAGUUUGACUCCACUCAUCCGGAGGGUUACCUGUUUGGGGAGAAUACAGACCUUAACUUCCUGGGGACCAGACCUGUGGCGUUCCCAUAUGCAGCCCCUCCACCUCAGGAACCUGUAAAGACGUUACGAAGCCUUAUAAAUAUCCGAAAGGACACGCUGCGGCUUGUACGGUGUAGCGAGGACCUAAAGCUGCCGGGCGACGACGCGGCAGGGAAGACCCGAGCCUGCUACAAUGUAGAAUUCACCUUUGAUGCUGACACACAGGUGGCCAUCACCAUCUACUACCAGGCCAUAGAGGAGUUUCACAAUGGAGUGCCAGUUUACCUGCCCCAGGACAGCUCUCUGCAGUCAGAGACCGUUCAUUUCAAGAGGGGCGUUUGUCAGCAGUUCUGUCUGCCGUCACACACUGUCAAUCUUAGCGAAUGGGCUGACGAUGAGCUGCUGUUUGAUAUGGACAAGGAGGUUUUCCCCAUGGUGGUGCAGGCUGUGGUUGAUGAGGGAGAAGAACAUUUGGGACACUCUCACAUACUGCUGGCUACAUUUGAAAAGCACAUGGAUGGAAGCUACUGUGUGAAGCCCCUGAAGCAGAAACAAGUGGUGGAUGGAGUGAGUUAUCUACUACAGGAGAUCUAUGGGAUAGAGAACAAAUACAACAGCCAAGAAUCAAAGGUUGCCAAUGAUGAGAUCAGUGAUAACAGUGCGGAGUGUGUGGUGUGUUUGUCGGACGUGCGAGACACACUCAUCCUGCCAUGCAGACAUCUGUGUCUCUGCAACGCCUGUGCAGACACACUACGCUACCAGGCCAACUGCUGCCCCAUCUGCAGACUGCCAUUCAGAGCUCUGCUGCAGAUCCGAGCCAUGAGGAAGAAACUCAGUCCUCUGUCACCCACCAGCUUUAACCCUGUCAUCACUUCACAGACGUCAGACUCAGAGGAACACUCGGCAUCAGAGCACAUACCUCCAGGCUACGAAGUCGUGUCUCUCUUGGAGGCGUUGAACGGACCCCUCAGCGCCUCCUCAGCGGCUCCUCUUCCUCUCCACUCUGGUCCCAGCCACGUCACUGGAGCACUGCCCCCGUACAGCAGCGAGCCGCACCCAGCGCCUGCCCGCUCCCUCUCCCCUCUAGACCACUCCAACUCCAGUCAGGGACUCAAACUCAAGAAGAGUGGUUCAAAGUCACUUUCCCAGAAUUCCUCUGUGCUUCCUGAGGAGGAGGAUGAGAAGUCUUGCAGUGAAUCAGAGGCCUGUCGCCACAAACUUACGGUGGACCAGCAGGAGUGUGGAGUGACUCCAGACAGCGAGAACCUGACUCUGUCCUCAUCUGGAGCCAUCGACCGCUCACCCUGUACAGGAACCCCCCUGUCCUCUACCAUCACCUCCCCUGAAGACCCAGUGAGCAGCAGCCUGGCCCAGUCAGUGAUGUCCAUGGCCUCGUCCCACUCCCAGCACUCCCACAUCAGCACUGACACCAUGUCCUCCAUGUCAGGGUCCUACCUGGCCGGGGCCAAAGGCGAGCCUCGGGGAGAUGAGGUGGGAGACAAUGUCGAGGGUGAAGAGAACCAGGACGCCCCCAUGGAGAGCCGAGGAUCAUCACAGCAGGAUGGGGAGUUUUCCAAGGAGCCACAGGAACAAAACUACUCAGUGGCUGUAGAGGAGCAGGACUCAGAGGGAAACGAUGUUACUGAAGAUGACUGCUCCUCCAGGUCUAAUGGCAAAGGUGGGCGGAGCAGGUGUCCAGAGUUGGCCAAUAACAAUCAGGGCGUCGCCCUCUGUGACACGCCCUCUUUGGGGUUGGAUAAUGAGCAGGCUCCCAACAGCCGAUUCGCCGGUUUGAUGUACCACGUGGGCUACAGGCCUGUUUUGGAGCCCCUGCCCCACUACACCUCCACUAGCAAUAUUAACCUGGAGGGGCCAGGGGCAGAGAACAGGGACGGCCAAAGUCCUAAACAUCCCCGCCGUGGACCGCUCAUUGUGUAACACAUUCACACAAACACACACAAACAUUUCUGUCCAGAUUCGGCUCUUCUUACCCUGCCAUAGUGCUGAAUCGCUGGAUACUGUGUCCUCGCUGAACAGGGAAACUUUGCCCCCACCUUUCUAAACAUUUCCUGGAUUAUUUGUUGAUGCUGCGCUGAAACUCUUCUUGAGUGGAAAGUGGAGAAAAAAGGAGUAAACAGUAUCACUUCCGUCUGUGCACUUUUAUCUCACAGGAGUUUCCUUUAUUGUUAUUAAUUUUUUUGUCUGUGACCUGAUUUGUUGUGGGAAUGAUUAGCCUACUGCUGCGUUAUUAUUUAUUACCUGUAGAUCUGACUAAUGAGAGCUGUGUGUUGUGACACUUUCUCUAGAUAAGUACAUGCUGCUCCUUACCUUUGACUUCCUUUCCUGUCCUCUAUCAGCAGCCAAACAGUCAGGGGUUACUGUGAUCGGCAAUCGGAUUAAUCUUUAAUGUACUUCCUCUUACAAGCUGUGUGUUUAAUGAGUGGUUGGACACUUUGUGAAAGUCAGCUCACCGCACUACUUUACUGUACCUUGCCGAACUGAAACGUGCUGACUCGUCUCCUCAGAUCAGGGAGCUCCCAUCUCGACUUCGCAUGCAGUUUUCCUCUCAUUCUCGUCAUGAUUUUCAAAAAAGCUCUGCUGAAUUUCAAUCCAGAAAUGGUCCAACUUGUUGUAAAGUGGUGAACGAGCUGAGAGGCGGUGGCCAAAAUGCACAGAAAUGGACUGAUUU